GCCCGGCAGUCCGUCCAGAGGAGCCACCGGAGCAGACGCCUGCAGACAGCCGCGGACCGCCCGCCCGCCCGCCCGAGACAACCGAACCCCAAACGGAACAACCGGGAACGAGGAGCAUGUUGUGGCGGCGGCAACCGACAGACCGCAGGAACUGAGUCCGAGGACCGUGAAGGCACCACGACGGAGCGGAGCGCCGCCGCCGCCGCCGUCCUGAACUCCGCGGCUCCGCCGGCUCCGCUCCCCCGGUCACACGCUCCCCGGCGGUCAGCUGGCUGGCACGUCACGGUCUGACACCGGUCUGUCCCGGACGAUGCGCUCCGUUCUGGGCGACUUCUUCCGGCCGAGUCGGGCUUUGACGUGAGGACAAGGCAGCGCGAGACAAGCUAACAAGUUGACGUGGAUCAGGAACUCCACAUUUUUUUUUUCUUUUCUUUCUUUCUUUUUCUUCUUCUUCUCGCGGGGGAUUGUCGAGCUCGUUCCGGAUCUCCCCCGGCUGGGACUGAUUGUGCUCCUGGUCGAACAGCAGCCAGUCAGCGAUGUGUAUUUGUGGCCAGAAAGUCAUUUCUUGUGUGUCCAGAUUCCUCAGCGGGACUGUCUCCGGGCUCCAGCAGCGCAGCGGCAGCGUUAGCUAACACACACUAGCCCGCCGCGGUCACUAGAUAGGUAGAUAGAGGAUCCAUUUAUCUCCAAAAAGAAGAAAAAAAUAAAUAAAUCACUGCUUGUUGUUUUCUUGCAUUUUUGCGAGAUUUUUUAAAAAAUAUAUAUUUUUUGGAAAGUGAAAGUGCGCGUUCGCCUCCGCCUGACAGGGAAGUCGGGCUGAGUUGGUCCAUCGAUCGGAUCGCUACUGUUCGAUUCUGAGCUCAGUCGGUCGGGGAUCGGGAGGAGGAGAAGCGGGGGACCAUGUCGGGCCAGUCGAUCACGGACCGGAUCGCCGCGGCGCAGCACAGCAUGACCGGCUCGGCCAUCAGCAAGGCGGUGUGCAAGGCCACCACGCACGAAGUGAGCGGCCCCAAGAAGAAGCACCUGGACUAUCUGAUCCACUGCACCAACGAGAUGAACGUCAACAUUCCCCAGCUGGCCGACACGCUGUUCGAGCGCACGGCCAACUCCAGCUGGGUGGUGGUCUUCAAGGCCCUCAUCACCACCCACCACCUCAUGAUGUACGGCAACGAGCGUUUCAUCCAGUACCUGGCCUCCAGAAACACCCUCUUCAACCUGAACAACUUCCUGGAUAAAGGAGCUCUGCAAGGUUACGACAUGUCGACCUUCAUCAGGCGGUACAGCCGCUACCUGAACGAGAAGGCCAUGUCCUACCGGCUGGUGGCCGUGGACUUCACCAAGAUGAAGAGGGGGAUCGACGGCGUGAUGCGCACCAUGAACACGGAGAAGCUGAUCAAGACGCUGCCCAUCAUCCAGAACCAGCUGGACGCGCUGCUGGACUUCCAGGCCAACCCCAACGAGCUGACCAACGGCGUCAUCAACUCCGCCUUCAUGCUGCUCUUCAAAGACUCCAUCCGGCUGUUCGCCGCCUACAACGAAGGGGUCAUCAACCUGCUGGAGAAAUACUUCGACAUGAAGAAGAACCAGUGUAAAGACGCUCUGGACAUCUACAAGAAAUUCCUCUACAGGAUGACGAAGCUGUCGGAGUUCCUCAAAGUGGCGGAGCAAGUUGGAAUAGAUCAGGGUGACAUCCCAGAUCUCUCACAGGCUCCCAGCAGCCUCCUGGAGGCCCUGGAGCAGCACCUGGCCUCCCUGGAGGGCAAGAAGACCAAGGAGCUGAACGCAGACACCAGGGCGUCCACCCUGUCCAGCGCCGUCUCGUCCCUGUCCUCCACCGGCAUGUCCUUCAGCCGGAUGGACGAGAAGGAGAAGCAGCAGGCCCUGGAGGAGGAGCAGGCCCGGCUGCAGGCCCUGAAGGACCAGCGCCUGAAGGAGAUCAGCAUGCAGACUCCGCCCUCCGCCUCGCCCAGCAGCCAGUCGAUAGGCAGCGCCAACAACAACAACCACAUCGCACAGACCCCGGAGCUGUUCGCCUCCACGCUGUCCACCAACAGUGUUCCCAAUCUGAACAGUGACCUGUUUGAUCUUCAGCCGGCCUUCAUCCCCGCUGUGCAGAGCACUCCUUCCAUCUCCAACGCCAACAGUGCCUGGGGAGGACUGGAGAGCCAGCCGCUGCAGCCGCCCGGAUCCGCCAUGGCUGUAGAUUUCGAUGCGGUGUUCGGGAGUAAGGCCGCGCCCGGUAACAACGGCCCUCAACCUGCAGCCGGUUUCGAUGCUCUGGGAGACCUGUUGAAGCCUACCGUUCCCACGCACACCGCGGCGCCGCCGCCGCCCCCUCAGAUGGCCAUCCACCCCGGGGGGAAGCUGCUCGCCAACGACCUGGACUCGUCUCUGGCCAACCUCGUGGGCAAUCUGCAGUUUGGCGGGACCCCCGCCAAGAAGCCGGAGAUGCAGUGGAACCAGCCCGGAGAGAAGAAGCUGACGGGCGGCCAGAACUGGCAGAACAAGACCAUGUCGACCACGCAGUGGGGCCCGGCGCCCAUGGCCCCCCAGCCCAUGCCCGUGCCGCACGUGAAUGGAAUGUUCUAUACUAGUUAUGCUCCAGCUCCCAUGGCUUUCCCCAUGACCACACCUCAAGUGCCUGUGUAUGGAAUGGUCCCUCCUCAGAUGGGUCAGAUGGGCGGAGUCCCCGUCAUGGCUCCUCAGCCAAUGAUGUACAACCAGCCUGUUCUCAGACCCACCAACCCCUUCGCGCCCAUGCCCGGAGCCCAGAUGCAGUUCAUGUAAUCCAGUCAGGAGGGAAGCAGAGUGCCAAAAGCGACAAACAAACCAACAGCAGAAGAAGAAGGAAACACACACACAGAUGACGGAGGAGCGAUCCCGUGAAGCCGAAAGAGGAGCAGACGACGAUGAGAUGGAGGAUGGGUGGAGGUGGGGGAGGGGAGGGGGUGUCCUCCUGGCCGGUGCUCGUCUGAAACAACUCCUUGCUUGUGUGCGAGUGUCGCUUCUCUCUGUCACUUGUGUUUUUGAAUCUUACGGAUGGAGAGGGGAGAAAGAAAGAGGGGGAGGGGGGAGCGGGGAGGUGGAGGGCGGGCGGGCGGAGGGGACCCCACCUCCGGGUUCCAGUCGGGCCGGACGAGUCUCUGCUGCAGAAUUAGCUUUAUAUCAUACUGGUGCUAUUUCGUCCUGUUUGGAGGGGGGCGACUCACCGGAGGACGGCCGUCUGUUCAGCGUGUGUGUGUUAAACAGGAAAAUGCAUCCCGUGUGAGUGUGUGUGUGCGAAGCAGUUGUUUCAGACGCCGCCCUCCGAGCCCGCCCUCCAUCCAGCCACAGACCCCGCCCCCGCCCUCCAGUGUGUUUCCCGUCACGUUUCCUCUCCGUUCGGAUGAAUUUGUACCGUUGGGUCUUGAUUUCCUCGCCAACUUCGGAGGCUUGUACAGCGAUUCGUUGACGCUUUUGUUAAUAGUAGCCGAGCGUUUUUGUUAUCGGAGUCUUUGUUCUUCACACCGCAUCGUUUUCACCACAGAUACACACACAGAUACACACAAGAGAGACCAGGAUUAGCAAUGAUGGGUCUACGGCGGCGUUUCCUUUUCCUCAUCGUCCCAAAUUCUGCUCAUUCAAAACACUUAAAGAAUCAGAAUCAAAAAACACUUUAAAAUUUAACAAAAUCUGAACAGAGUACUUUUUUCCUCUAUUUUGGAAAUUGAAAUUUACCAUUUGGAAAAAAUAACUGCAAAAAGCAUCCUAGCUUUUUUAUUUUUUAGAUUUUUGCAGAGCACACCAGUCAGUAAUGCAGAGCUAGCUCUGUUGUAAUACCAUCCCGCGCCACCAGAUGGUGUCAUGAGUCAGUUGAAGAUAACCUUCAAAUCCCCGUCCUGCCCAGUCCUGCUCGGGGUCGUUUGUUUGUUCUGGAGUUGGUUGAUAUUGACUUAAAUCAGGGAUUUAAUGAGGAAAAAGUCUCUUCAGCCGGAGUGACGAGGCUCUAAACCUGAUGUUCAUUUUCUCAGCCGCCAUCGAUCUUGGAGGAAAGUUAAAUUAAAGCGCCACAGAGUGUUUAUUAGCAUCAUUAGCCCGUUUGCUGCCUGACGGCGGCGUCAGCAGCUGGAGAUCUUGUGUGUAUCUGUUUCUUUUUCUUUCUGUCUUCAUUAACUCAACCACCAGACUAAGAGUUUCAAGAUUUCUAUUUAAAAAAAAAAAAGAAAAAAAACUAAUGAAAAAAAACAGGAGCGUUUCCAUUCGGUACAGCAGAUCCGCGUUCUGUGCCAAUGAUCAAUGACGGCAGCACUAAGCGAGCGAGUGAGUGAAACGUUACUGAAUCAAAGUUGAAUUCACUUUAAAUUGCACUGAAUCAAAGCGAGGGGCCGCGAUGGCGCCGGGACCCGGCGCCGCCUCGCCAUCCCGCCGCGUCGCCCGACCUGUAAGGAUCAAAUUCAAGCCGCCACGUCCGGCCCUCAGCCAAAGCAGCAAGUCCCCCUCCAGUGUGACUGUUGGGCGCGUUUGAGCAUUUUUUUACAUGUAUGCUAACACAUUGUCUGUGUGUCUUUUCCAUUGAGGGCUAUUUCUGAGUCUGAGGGUCGCAUCUGAUGCCAAACUUGAGCCAACGAGUUUUUCAAUGAUUUGAUUUUUUUUUUUGUUUUUUUUGUAAAAAACAAAAAUAAAGGAAAAAAUCUUGAUUUCGUUGCAAAAAUGCAAACAUGUUGCACUUCUAAGUGGCGGUCCUGCCGUGGUCCAGCUGUCCGCCGGGGGUCCCGGCGCGGCGGAAGAAGCCUGUCGGGGUAGUUUUGGGGGGUUUUUUGCAAUAUAGCAAGUUUGUCUAAUCUUUUUCGCCAAUUUUGGCGGGAAACUGAGUUGUUUUCCCGCCGUUCUCUCAUUGAACUUGAAGCUUUUUGUAGUCCCGUCCCCGGUCCUGGUCCCGGUCCCGGUCCAGCGUCUCCAUCCCAGACAUCCGUGCUCGUGGAGGUGUUUGAACCCAUCGCCCACCCCCUGCUGUGACGCUCUGGAACCGCUCUGGUCUCCUCGCUCUCUCUCUAGAGUGCUUCUUUAUCCUGUUCCGUCACUGUUCGGUGUGUAGAUAUGUUUGAAAAAGCAAAAAGAAUUAAAAAAAAAAAAAAAAAAAAAAAAAAAGCAGUAGUUGCA